AUGACUAUUGCCAGUAGUGUGAACUCACAGUAUAAUUUUAAAGAUAUGUUUCCCAAAUGUACAGAAGCUUUUAAUUCAUUAACAGAUGAAACAAAAUUGAAGAGUGGUUUUGAUAAAUUCAUGCAACCAUGUAUAAAAUUUACAACGAGCGUAAUAAAGGAUCGUGCAACGGUAAAUAAAAUAUUAUUUGAUUGUAUAAGUCUUUAUAUAUAUUUACAACACAUAGAACAAAAUGAAAAAGAAGAGGUUAAUAAAAUAGCUAGUUGUAAUUAUUUAUAUUAUCAGAUAAAAAUUUUUACUGAGAAUUAUAGAUACGAAUGUGCAUCAACAAGAGAAUUUUUAAAAAGAAUGAAAGACGCAGAUAUACGUAAAACAAUAGAUUACAAUAUAUGUGAUAUUCGUAAGGAUGAUUUUAAAGAAAUUGAUGAAGAUUUACAUUUGACCUUAAGUUAUCUUGAUAAAGUAUCUGGUGUUUCUUACCAUGCUAAAAAUGGAAAAUUAUCAUGUCAUUUAAUUAAUGCUUUUGAAGAAUAUUUAAAACUUUUAGAUAAAUCUAAAAGUAAAUAUAACACAUCCUUUGUGGAAGUACUAAAAUUUUUUAAUGAUAAGUAUAAAACACAUAUCGGUAAGUUACCCAAUUGUGCAAGUGCUAAUGUAGAAUUAAAACAUUCUACUAAAAGUGGCACUGACAUCCAAGUAAGUGUAGCAAGGAACAAAGAAAUGACGGAAGAGAUAAUCACAGCUAUGAGCGCAGGAUGCACUCAAGGAAUGAGAACAGGGUUUGUUCUCUUAUGUUUUUCAAUAAUAAUAAUAAUUAUAUUUAUUCUGUAUAAGUACACCCGAUGUAGCUCAUUUGUACAGCCAAGCAUAAUGAAGUUAAAGAGAAUGUUCAUGAAAAAUGAAAAUAAAGAUUAUCGAGAUACAAUGGAUUCUUUUGAAAAAUUUUAUCAAGAUUCAACAAUUAGCAGACGCCCUAUUUCAUAUAUCCCAAAAGACUACAAAUAA